AUGACGGACAUACUAGAGGAAGACCCCUCGUCGGGUCUUCUGUCCUCUUCCGAGGAAGAUGAGGAGAUCGAAGAACAGCAUGAACAAAUUGUCGAGUCUCCAGUCUCGGGCCGUGCGAAACGAAGUACUGCUGGCCAGCACAUGUCCGCCCUGAUCGAUGCCGCCGCCGAUGACGACCUCACCCUGCUAUUCGAGGAAGUGGAGGAUGACAACGAAUUCGCAAUGGAUGCGGACGCCGCAGAGGAAGAUGAUAUGGGUCUGGAAUCCGACGACGAUGACGAGGAUGACCAAGGGCCCAAUGCCAACAACGACUACGAAGGUGAAAAGCAACUACAGAAGGACGAGCGCAAGAAGCGUCGAGCGCAGAAUGACCUCCGAUUUCAAACCCUGCGCAAACGAGUCAAGAUCGAUCCUAUGGCUGUUUCAACACCAUCUGCCCUACCCCCGCCUCGCCCUAAGAAGAAAUCAGAACGAAUCUCCUGGAUCCCGACCGUCGAAGAUGGCCCCGUACGAUCCUCCUCUCGCCGACAAACUAUGGUCAACAAAGAGAUGACACAUGCGCGCUUGAAGGAUAGCCAGGAAAAGCGUAUCCGGAUCAUCGCGACAAUGAAAGAGGCUGAGAAACGGAAGGCACAUUUGAAACCGAAAGAAAUGACACAGGAAGACCACCUCGCGGAGGCCGCAAGGAUAGAGCGAUUGAAUAGCAAGAGUGUCAGUCGCUGGGAGAAAACCGAGCGGAGAAAGGCAGAGGAACGGCGGGCACGGAUCGAGGCCUUGCAAAAUCGCCGCCUCGAGGGGCCUGUUAUGUCCUACUGGAGUGGUCUAGCUACCUGGGUAGAUGGCCGGCUGACACGAGUGGGCAAGGUCGAUGUCAAGGCCAAGCCAGAGAAGGAGGAGAAGAAGAAGACAAAGAAGGAGAAGGAAGACAAACCUCCUGUUGAACCGCAAGCUGCCCAGGGUGCAGCUACGCAACCAGCGCCCACAACCACACAGCCUGAAGGCGUUUCUACCACAGCGCCAUCUACAUCAUCAAUACAGCCUACACAACCAGCUGCAGACUCGACCACACAAUCUGGAAACACCUCUGCUCUGGCGCAACUCCCAGCGGAAGUGCCAGCGCAAGCUGCGGAUGCGAUUAUACCACCCGAAAAAACACCUGCCCCGGCAACUGCGGCAGAGCCCAUAUCUAUCAUACCUACUCAGGAACCGCCCAAAGAAGGCCAAAGCCCAGAGAGGAGCCCAAAUGUCGAAGAAUCAAAGCCAGAUCAACCAGUAGCAGACACCUUCGAUAAGGUGAUCAAGCCUACCGAAUCAGAAAGCACAGGAGCACCGAAAUUGCCUGAGAAGCAGCCAGUAUCAAUCGUCGAAAACCCUGCAUCGCGUGACUCUACUUCCCCAGGCAAAGCGUCGCCGACGGCACCUCCCGCGGAGUCAUUAAAUGAGGUCCAAGCCAUGGACAUCGACCAACCCGCGACACCAGCCGAUGGCCCCAAGGCUGAAGCGCCGUCACAAGGGCAAGCAAACGUACCUGCGGCAGGCAGUGAUACCCAAGUGGCUCCAGGGGAUGUGCCUCAGGUCAGCACCGAAACAACCGCUAUGAAACUCCCCUCCGACCACGUUACAGAUUCUGCAUCUGCGAACCCUUCAUUGGACUCUAAGGCCCCUUUGGCGUCCUCCCCCGAUGCGGCCCCGCUGCAUACCACGCCACCCGUUGUGCCCGCAAUGCAGGUCGAUCCCAACCAUCAAUCACAAGGCGAAUCGCCCACUGUGAUAGAGGGGCCUGCGCAGCCAGAGCACCCGCCACCCCCGCCAGUUAUCGAAUACACGGGCCGUAAUCUGACCAUUCUGGAGAAUUUCGACGAUCGCACGGCGCACAGCAAGAAGUUUAGCAUGUACUUCAAUGCCAAGAAGCCUCCGCGCUUGACCAAAAUCUCAUCAUCGCUAUGUGUCAUCACCUCAUUGCCAUCACGAUAUCGUGAUCCAGAAACAUCCCUCCCUUAUGCGAAUUCCUACGCCUAUGGGCAAAUCCGCAAGAUGCUGUCGCAAGGGUACAUCUGGAGCUCGAUGCUGGGAUGCUUUGUCGGAGCUGCCGAGACAGCCGCCCGGGGCGUGCCUGAGCGAUUUGUCGGCAAACCAAUCAGUGGUGUGACUGUCAAGCAGGAGGAAGUCAAGGAGAAAGAGAAGGAGAAAGAUACGGACCUCGAAUCAAAAGAGGAGGCCAAAUCGAAGCCCGAUAGUGCCAACCCUGCAGGUGCCAGUGCUGCCGAACCGAUGGCAGUGGAUGCAUAG